AUGAAAUCAUUUUACAGUGAGAAUUUCUCAAUCGAGAUAAACCUUUAAUUUCUUAUUGAUGAUAUAAUUUAUGAAGUACGUCAAAGCAAUCUCAAUUUUGACAUUUAAUAAAAAUGCUUAAAAUUUCAGCUGUUGUUUGUCAAGAAAAUGGCUGUCUUUUGUCAAGAAAAUCAUUAUGAUAGGGAUUUAUUUUUAAAAGGUUGAUUGGAAAAUGAAGAAAAUAAUAACUAUCUAUUUAAUUAUCUAUAGGUGAAUUCCCAUCUAAUAAGUUUUUAUAAAUUGGAUGCUACAGUAAAGUAUCUAUUUUCAGUCACUCCUAUCUAAAAUUAACUAAAAAGAAGACAAAAACAUUACAUAAGUAGAAAUUUCAACUAUAAGUAAAAGAAAUCAGUUUUUUUUUGAAAU